AUGUGGCGAUUCGGAUUGAUCCUUCUCCUUGUAACAGCCAGCAAGCAAUUCUCAUUAUCAGAGUUUGAGGUACCAGAUUAUAUGAAAGCGGGCGGUGACGUGCCACUAAAAUGUGGAUAUGAACUAAAAUCAAACGAAUCUGAUAAAGGUUUAUUUGUAAAAUGGUGGUGGAGCCCAAUGAAUGGCUCCAGCGAAGAAAGGAGCCUCAUUUACCAAAGGAUAGUUGGGCAUCCUCCGGAUGCAUUACGUCAUAAUAUUGAAAUAGUACAAGAUGACGACAUUUUAUUGCGGAACGUGACGGUGAAGGACUCCGGAGUAUACGAAUGCGAAGUUUCAAAUAUAGUUGACGAAGUACGGCAAUAUGAACCAUUAAUAGUUUUUAGUGAAGGAACCGGUGUUCAAUUGGAAUUUAGUACUGUUGAGGAUGGUCCUGACACUGAUGACGAUGAAGACGUGUUUGUUACGUGUGAGGCACUGGGUGUGGCACCUUAUCCAGAUCUGACUUUCACUGUUGAUGGAGAGGCAGUGAAUGCUACUGAUCUAGUGAUUGCAUCGGAAGAUUCGUACGAUAUUUACAGCAACGUGACAUUAAGUAGCGAUUUGGCAUCAGGUCAUGAAAUUUCUUGCCUCCUGACAUUCUCAACUCUCAAUGUUUCUGACGUGGCGUUCCUCGUUACUCAAGUAUACAAUGAAGCAGGAUUCACAACGGAGAGUCCCACUGAGAUGGCUUCUACCGAGGCCCCUGAAAACGUUGAAAACAACUCGAAAGGUGACAUCUGCUGCUCUUGGUUACUCGUCGUCCUGCCGCUUAUUUCUAGUUACUUCAUGUACUUUAUAUAA